AACGGCAUAUGCAACUUACAUCGUUUAUAAAUGAAAGAGAAAUUGUGUCGCUUCAUUUGGCGCAAGUUACUGGCGCCAAAUUGCAAUAGUUUACGUUUUGGCCGUCUGUCCUUUUCACAAAGCUCCUAAGCAUCAUCUGCGAUAGUUUCUGUGUAAGAAAACUAAUAAUCUUUCUCUUUCUCAGAAAAGUAAUAAUCUUUUUUUUUGUGAAUAUAAAUUUUGGCAUUCAAUUCUCUGAAUUUUCAUUGGAGAAAACGUUCCAUAAUCUCGAAAGCAAAAGAUAUCGGGAUAAGUUUUACGGGACUAUCGUUUGCAUUGUAGGAAAAGUUUCAAUCGAUACUAAAUAUUCCCGGAACAGGUUGCUGGUGCAUCCUUUUCAGUGAUGCAAGGAUUUUCGAAAGGAUUGUUCUGUGAAAAAAAAAAUUGUCAUUGCAUAUUUCAUCAUGAAGAGCGGUACAAAAUGCAGAAUUGUAUGAUGUGCUUAAUGAAAAGCGUUUAAAUUUUUCUCACUUUUAUUCAUGAAUAUUAUCGUCACUUUUUGUUGAUCGUUUUUAUUUUUUUCAAAAUUGGAUUAAUCGUUUGGCGGAUUAUGUCGGAUAAUCAACCAAGUGAUCAAGAUGAACAGAUAACUUCGAUUGCUGAUGCUGUUGUAAAGUUAAAAGAGCUCAGAGAAAGCAACAAGAACUUGAAUGAACCUGAUAUUGAGGAAAAAUUUGCCCGCCUCUCUCUCGCUUUCAAGACUGAUAAGUUCACCCUCGGCAAGAGAUUAGACUUACAACUUCGCCAGAGAGACAUUGCUGAGAAAAAUAUAGAUAGUGAGCUGAAAGCGUUGAGAGAAUCCUUAAAUGCCCUGAAUCAACUUUGUACAGAGUCUGAUAUGAGGGAUUUGAUAACUAAAACUCAACAGCAUGUUGAUAUUGUACAGCAAGCCACUAUGCGCAUGUCUAGUCGAGCAGAAACAUAUGGAGCUAUUCAACAGGAACAAAGGAUGAAUUGCGCCUUCGAGACCAUGCUGAACUAUGUUGAGCACCUGAAGUUGCUGUACGACAAGGAGCACUUAGAGCUUGAAGAAUACAGACGACUCCUUGCAGAGCACAACCUCCUACCUGCUGAUGAGAAAUCUCUCCUUGAGGAUGAUGCUAAGAGAGUCCUACCACCCCGCUCUCAGUCUCUAUCUUGCACACCCAGGCCUGAAAUGCUGAGGAGAGGCAGUCUUGGUACUUUUAUCCGACCUCCUGCUGAUAAUGACAAAUUCGUCAAUCGAGAGAACAGUCAAAUUAAUCUUGCCUCUUGGACACUCAACACUGUGAGACAGAAACUGGAAUCCAAAACAAGACUCCUGAGUUCGGUUUGUCUUUUAAAUAACAAUUUUGAAUCGUCUUCCUCAAUGUUUGGUAAGCCGCCACAUCCUGGAUCAGUGUCUCCCAAAAGUAGACGUUCAUCACUUCCUGUCGGACCCCUUGCUGCACAUCAUCAGUCUUCCAGCCAUCAUCAGGCAAAAACACUCAGCACCACCAACGAGAAACAGGAAACGAAAACAGAGAGAAAAGAAAGUUUCGCCAAAGCAUCCCGCUUAUCCAGAACAGAAUCAGAAGAAUCUACGAUCAGCAAAGAGGGCAGUGAAUGUCCAGAAAAAUCUGAAGAUGUGUCCGAAGAGAACUCUGCGAAAGACAGUAGUGAUGUAAGCUUUAUAGAGUCUUCCCUCUCUUUGCCUCCAGACAAUAAAUCCUCAGAACUGCCUUUGCAAGAAUCUGCCUGUGAUAAAGACAUCAUAGAUAGUGUCUGUUUACUGCCUGAAAUAAUUGUUCCAGUCAAAUCUAAAUCUGUGUUCCUUUUGCAUAUGAUUCAAAAAGCUGUCAAUAGUAGAGUGUGGAAAAUGGACAGUGCUACUUUGUUGUUGCAUGCUCGCUACACUCUCAGUGCUAUCUUGGCUACAGCUGCUAUGUUUACUUUAGUGAUGACUUUUGUGCCCACUUAAAAAACGACCAAGAACUUUAAUCAUGUGAAAAGGUUGUAUUAUUAA